AUGGAUAUCGAAACAGUGGUUGCUCUGCUCACUAAGGUAGAGAUACCGAACGAACAGCCGCGUCAAUCUGAGUUUACUUUUGACUACUCCAUAUCCUCGGCGCCAUCUCAAACGUACUGGUCUCUAAAUCGUGUGGGGAAGUCAUUGAGGUGGGACUACAGCAGCAGACGCACUCUUGAAUAUGCUCGGGAUCUUGUUGCAGACUUGCAGAGCCUUGGCAGCCACUUUUCAGACCUCCGGAAAGGUGUAGCGGAGGAUGUGGAUGACAAUAUUCAAGCCAGCAAUACAAGCGUUUCCGAAGGUGAGCUUGAGAGAGAAUCAUCGCCAUGUAUGGACGAGAACAGAUUUCCCAUUCAUCUUCAAACCAUGGUCGCUACCUUCCGGGCCAAAAUCUGUCUGUUCGCCCUCCCUAAACAACAUCUUCAGAAGCCGUGGGGUGCAACGACAAGAGGACAAGCCUUUGUGGAUUUCGUUGGGACGUUGCCUAGCAGCUCGCAACACAGAGAACUACAGAUCAUAAGAAGAUAUCUACUUCAUUAUUCGCUGGAUGCGAGCAAUGGAGAAGCCUCGCUACUAGACGACCUUUCGGAGGUGGAGAGCCCGGGGUUCACGCUUCGGAAACGCUUUGAUGGGAAGCAGAAUAUUACAUGUGCUAUACACUAGUCUUCGCAGUGCUGGAUAAGUC